UCCGAAGGAACUGCAGGGUGGCCUUGCCCUGGGGCACCCCUGGAGCCACUUAUGGGAAGAACUGAGUCUGUCAAGAUAUCCUCCCACCUGGAGAGAAGAAUGGAGGCCAGGAGCUGGUCGCAGGAGAAAGUGGCCAUCACCAUGGACACAAGCCUGGAUCCAUCCUUCUUCCCCGGCAAUCACUGGCUGUACUUCUCCGUGUACCUCUUCACCUUCUUGGUGGGGCUCCCGCUCAACCUGGUGGCUCUGGUGAUCUUCGCCCGCAAGCUGCAGCGCCGCCCAGUGGCCGUGGACGUGCUCUUGCUGAACCUGACCCUCUCGGACCUGCUCCUGCUGCUCUUCCUGCCCUUCCGCAUGGUGGAGGCGGCCAGCGGCAUGCACUGGCGGCUGCCCUUCAUUUUCUGCCCCUUAACCAAAUUCCUCUUCUUCACCACCAUCUAUCUCACGUCCCUCUUCCUGACGGCUGUGAGCAUCGAGCGCUACCUGAGCGUGGCCUACCCGCUGUGGUACAAGGCCCGGCCAAGGCUCCGACAGGCUGGCCUGGUCAGUGGGGCCUGCUGGCUCCUGGCCACUGGGCACUGCAGCGUGGUCUUUAUCACCGAAUUCUCAGGAAACUCUUCCCCCAGCACCUGCUACCUGGACUUCCAGAAGGAGCAGCUGGCCAUUCUCCUGCCUGUCCGGCUGGAGAUGGCUGUGGUCCUUUUUGGAAUUCCCCUGCUCAUCACCAGCUACUGCUACAGCCGCCUGGUGUGCAUACUCAGGAGGGGAGCCAGCCACCGGCGGAAGAGGGUGGCAGGGCUAGUGGCAGCCACGAUGCUUAACUUCCUCAUCUGCUUUGGGCCCUACAAUAUUUCUCAUGUUGUGGGCUACCUCCAGGAUAAAAGCCCAGUAUGGAGAAAUUACGUGCUACUCCUCAGCACCUUGAAUUCUUGUGUUGAUCCCUUGGUUUACUACUUCUCAUCAUCUGGGUUCCAGGCUGACUUUCAGAGGCUGCUGCAAAGGCUGCCUGGGGUCUGGGGCUUCUGGAGGCAGGAGAGCUGCUUGAAACUGAAGAAGAAUGAAGAGGGGCAACCUCGGGAGCUGUCCAAUGUAGAGAACAAGUAGUGGACGCUAAGAGGGCUGUGGAGCGGGUGUCAAGUGGCCUGAUCUGAAAGACAUCUCAUUCACAAGGCAGUUCCUAGCUCAAGUCAGGCGGGACCUGGGAGUGGCAGGCUGGGGACUGUUGCAGUCAAGCAGAGCAGGCACCCAGCCUUCCUAAGGAUGUGCUCACCAAAGCCCAAUUCUUGAUUUCACCACACUGCCCUCCCUUCCCAUCUCCCCACACGCUGUGGAUUAGGCCUAGGAUGUAGUCAAGGUGAGAGAGCUCUGGAGAAAAAUGAGCUCCCGGUGACAGCAGCCAGCUCCGGUGCUUUUCUAAGUGUGAAAGAGGAGUUGAGAGCAGUGUCCAGGGCCAAGGGAGCUACCCAGUGACUUGAGACAAGAGAGAAGAAUCUACCCUUCAGAGCCACUGACCUGGCAAGUCAGGAGCGGAGGACACAGGAUCCAGGCACAAAGGAGCAUCCUGCUCUCACAUGGACUUUUCCAGAAAGUUUCCAUUGUUCAAUAAAUUCAGAUUUUCAGGGACAUUUAUGAAAAAAUGACAGAACAAAAAUUACCUGAAUAAAUUUGAUA